AUGAAUUGGCUAACAGAGAUCGAGAAGAUCUUCAAUGUCGUGGAUUGUCCCCUCGCUCAGAAGGUGAAGUUCGCCACCUUUAUGUUGACUGCUGAUGCCCACUUUUCCUGGGAAGGAGCACUUCGAAGGGAGAUUGAUGGAGGGGUGCAGUUGAAUUGGGACAACUUCAAGAGAGUCUUUCUUGAGAAGUAUUUCCCAGAUGAUGUGAGGAGUCGGAAAGAAAUGGAAUUCCUUGAGUUGAAUCAAGGAAACGACACAAUGGCAGAGUAUGCUUCCAAAUUUGAUGCUUUAGUUCGUUAUUGUACACACUACCAUGGUGAGGGUGGUGAAAGAGCUAAAUGCAUAAAAUUUGUAAAUGGUCUGCGUCCAGAGGUGAAGAAUGCAAUUAACUAUCAGGAGAUAUAUCACUUCCCCACUCUGGUCAAUAAGUGCAGCAUUUAUGAUCGUGACAAUCGGACUCGUGCUGCUGUAGAUAAAGGAGUUGGAGGUCCUAUCCGUGCUGUGAGUUCUAGUACUUCGGGUAGGAGUAAGCCUUACUCCGCUCUUACUAGAUUUCAAGGGAGAAGAUGCGGGAAGUGUGGACGUGCUGGUCAUAAUCAGUCUGAGUGUCGUGACAGGGAGGUUACCUGCUUCAACUACAAUGGUAUAGGGAGAGUAUUUUCUCUUAGUGGUGCUGAAGCUGCUCGUAAGAUAGAUUUAAGGUCAGGAUACCAUCAGAUUAGAGUGAGAGUUGAGGAUGUUCCUAUGACUGCCUUUAGGACCCGCUAUGGGCACUAUGAGUAUUUAGUUAUGCCUUUUGAUGUGACUAAUGCACCUGGUGUUUUUAUGGACUACAUGAAUAGGAUCUUUCACCCUUACUUGGAUAAAUUUGUAGUGGUCUUCAUAGAUGAUAUCCUAGUGUAUUCCAAGACUAGGGAGGAGCAUGUUAAGCACCUUAAUAUCGUUCUUCAAACCCUUAAGGAGAAGCAAUUAGUAUAUUCUGAGCUCAACCUCUCCAGGCUGGACUGGUAUUUAGGGCAGCUCGACGGCGGUCCCGGUUUUGACUUCGAGGAACUCGACGGUGCCCUCGCUGAACUCGACGGUGCCCUCGUUUUCGUUCUUGAUCUGAGAGGCUCGACGGUGACUCUUCAAUUAAGAUGGACUGAUUAUAAGGCUUCAGCCGGCCUAUGGUGGGAGCUCGACAACGAUCCUAAUUUUGACUUCAAGGAACUCGACGAUGCCCUCGCUGUCCUCGACGGCGGUACCAAUUUUGAUUUCGAGGAACUCGACAGUGCCCUCACUGUCAUUCUUGAUCUGAGAGGCUCAACGGCGGCUCUUCAAUCAAGAUGA